UCCUCCAGCUCCGACGACACGAUGAACCCGCUCUUCUUCGUCUUCCUUGCGGCCGUGGCGCAGGCCAACCGUCUUCCAGGCGGCGCACCAUCAUCCGGCUACGGCGCCCCUCCUCCUCCUCCUCCCUCUAACGGCAACGGCUACUCCUACGGCGCCCCGGAUCUCCAGGCGGCCGCCUCUAGCUUCGACGUCGCUGCAGCCGAGGACCCCAUCGCCGCCCUGGCAGCCAACAUCCCCGGCGGAGGCGUCCCUGGCGAGGACUACCCCAUCCUGGCCUCCGUCCCCGACACCGGAUUCUCCUGCGAGGAACAGCAAUUCCCAGGCUACUACGCUGACACCGCCCCGGAGGCCGGCUGCCAAGUCUUCCACAUCUGCCAGUUCGACGGCCGCCAGGACGCCUUCCUGUGCCCCAACGGCACCCUCUUCAACCAGCAGUACUUCGUGUGCGACUGGUGGUUCAACGUGGACUGCGCCGCGUCCGCACAGUUCGUCGGCCUCAACGCCGACAUCGGGAAGGUCCCCGACAACGCGGCCGCCGCCUCCGACGCCUCCCUCGCCACCUCGUACGGCGCCCCUCAGGCUCAGGCCUCAGCCCAGGCCCCCGUGCAGGCUCCCAACCAGUUCUACGGCGCCCCUCAGACCCAAGCAUCUGCCCCAGCGCCCGUCCAAGCUCCCAACCAGUUCUACGGCGCCCCUCAGACCCAGGCAUCUGCCCCGGCGCCCGUCCAGACUCCCAACCAGUUCUACGGCGCCCCCAGCAGGAGCGGCUAAGGGCUCCCUCUAACGUCUCUUCAUAAGGCUCCUCGUGAUCGUCUUCUGAGCCUUCUCUUGCACCUCCGUCUCCGACUCGAAACGAAAUCUGUGUGCAGAAUCGAAAUCUAUUUAUAAGAUUAUUUUUAUAUUGUGAAUGCAUAAUACAACAUGAAUUCC